CCCUAAUCAACACUGGAAAACAAGAGAACAAUUAUUUGACUCCCCAGGAGGCUGAAGUGGACCGAGAGGCCCAGAAGGAAAGGGGGCCAAGGGCUCAACUUCACAAACGCGGCGCCGCUGGCAACUCACCCACACACGAAUGCCAGAGGCCCCCCUCCCCCGUUCCCGGCCCAGCCCGAGCGGGAGCGAAGGUGCGGAGCGCGGAGGCGCGCGCAUUGUGCGAGCCCACCGCGGCCCCGGCCCGGCUCUCCCCACCCCCUUCCUUCCUCCCACCUCCCCCUCCACUCCCGCCAACCUCCCGGGAACCCCGGGAAGAAAGAAAGGAAGAAUGGGGAAAGUACGCCCCCCGGGGCUGCAACCGCAGCGAGAAACUCCAAGAGGAAAAACAAAUCUCGGCCCCGCACUCCGGGAGAAGUGGGGAGCCGGGAGCCGCGGCCGAGGGGCGCCUCCGGUUCCUCCGCUCCACCGCGAGACCCCCAGCCCCGCCGGAGCUCCCGGAACCCCCCGCCCCCGAAACUCGCCUCAGACGCCAAAACUAAAGUUGAGAGAACUGCCCGCCCGAGCCACUCGGCGGCUCCGCCUCCUCCCGGCUCUUCCUUCCUCUGCGGGCCCGCCCGCGCCGAAUCUGCGGCCGGCCGCUGAGGGAAACUUCGCUGCAAGUUACCGCAUUCCUGCAGACUCCCGGCCUCCAGUGCCGCUCCUGGCCGCACGUGACCCGCUCGCCCUCGCUGCCGUCCUCCCUCCGCCCGCGCCUCACCGGGCAGGGGCCGAGUGCGUGCCGGCUGCUCCGAGCGGCCUGCCCUCCGACAAAUGCUGGGUCGGAACACAGGUCUGCGGAGAACGCGGCCGCCCCUGGCCGCAGGAAGUCCUCCCGCCCCGCCCCGCCCGACCCCUUCCCCGCCGGCGCUGGGAGAGGCUCUGGCCGCUGCCUGGACGUGCGAAAUGGUCAAGGCCGAAAGAAGUCGGGAGAGGAGGUGUAAAUCCACUUGCACCCUCCCCGCGGUAGCUCGUCUGGACCGAGCCGCUAGGAUCGGUUGGAGUUAAAAUAGAGAGCAGGCACUGAUUUUUAAUAAAGGUCCAUUUUUAAACAUUAA